GAUUCUGAAAAAAAACCAUACUAUUAAUAAUGGCAGGAAAAUCGUCUCUUUUUAAAGUAAUUCUUCUUGGAGAUGGUGGAGUUGGCAAAAGUUCUCUUAUGAACAGAUAUGUAACCAAUAAAUUUGAUUCCCAGCUCUUCCACACAAUAGGUGUGGAAUUUUUAAAUAAAGAUUUGGAGGUGGAUGGACAUUUUGUUACCAUGCAGAUUUGGGACACAGCUGGUCAAGAGCGAUUCCGAAGCCUGAGGACGCCAUUUUAUAGAGGUUCUGACUGUUGCCUGCUUACUUUUAGUGUUGAUGAUUCACAAAGCUUCCAGAAUCUGAGCAACUGGAAGAAAGAAUUCAUAUAUUAUGCAGAUGUGAAAGAGCCCGAGAGCUUUCCUUUUGUGAUUUUGGGCAACAAGGUUGACAUAAAUGAACGGCAGGUAUCUACAGAAGAAGCCCAAGCCUGGUGCAGGGACAACGGCGACUAUCCUUACUUUGAAACGAGCGCAAAAGAUUCCACCAAUGUUGCAGCUGCCUUUGAGGAGGCCGUUCGAAGAGUUCUGGCUACAGAAGAUAGGUCAGAUCACCUGAUUCAGACAGACACAGUCAAUCUGCACCGAAAGCCCAAGCCAAACUCAUCUUGUUGUUGAUGGCAUUAAAGAGAUGGUCGGUGCAUUCUACAAACACGCACACACACAUGCACGCACGCACGCACACACACAUGAGGAAGGUGGAAAUGAGAAUUCAUACUUGCAGGAGGGUUCAUCUACUAAUAAAAUUCAACUAACGAAUGAAUAUUGCUGCCUCAUUAGUUGGUGGGAGAAGGGACACAUGCACUCUGGAGGAAAUCUAUUUACUCAGUAAUGGCACCUUACAUUUAUAAAUUGUAAUGGUGGUCUAAUGUUUAAAAUGUUAGUGCUAAUAAGAUGACCAAGAAUUGAAUUGUAAUUCAAAAACCUUGACUAUUCUAGAAAUUACACUUAGGUUGUCCCCCCCCCAAGAAAAUGGAGAAUUACUUUUAUAUGUGUAUAUUUUUAUGUAAUUAGCAUUCUAUUCUUGGUCCAAGGAAGUAAAUUCCUGUAGCAGUACUAUUAAAGAUUAAAAUAUAAUG